GCGACGUCGCGGCCCCGCAGUCGUCGGCGUUCCGUUCACCAAUCGGGUUCAUGUUCUCGUCAGACUUCCUCGUAAUUCGCAUUAGACGAUGUGCAAAAAAUUUUAGUGCAAAACAUCAUAUCAACGUGCGUCCAGUUCUGUGCAAUAAGGAUCUCAAGAAAUUAUAUUCGUCCCGGUGAUUAGGACCCAUUGCGGUCCCCGGGACCGCGAUGCCUCUGCGCACCGCGACGGGCGCAAGCUUAGCUCGUUCGAAACUCGAGGAAGAUCAAUCAUCGAUCGAUCCACAAUUAGUGUCCGAAAAAUUGAGUACAGAUUAACACAUAUAACGCUACCGAAAUUUAUAUAAUAAUAAUAAAUUAAUAUUGUUAAUACCAAAAAUUGUACACGGAUUUUGCUGAAUAAUUAAAUUAAAUGAUAAACAAUCCUAUUACACGCACAAUCGAAAUUUUUAAGAGAAAGUAGCAAACGUUGGCUCGCCAUCGGGCCUCAAGAGAGCAACGUACAGUGUGCGCGCAAUGUCGGGGACCAGCGCGCGAGUGACAUUUAUUUUUCCUCCUUCAUGCGUGACAAUCGAUCAAAAAAUUCGAUCUGGAUAGGAAUGCGAGAACAAGUACCAAGUUAGUGCCAAAAAAUUUCAAGAACUGAAGCCCGCGUGUCAGUGAAAGCGCAGUGGCAUAUUGCCGAGAAGAGAAGAAGAGAAGCUGAAGAGAUGCGCGAGGAAGAACCAGAGACCAAAGUAGUGUACCAUCAACAACGAAGAUCACUGGUGAUAAGUGCGGCAUAGUGAUAAGUGACGCAUAUGCGCGGUUCGAGGAUAGAUUUCCUCUUUAAAGUAGUGCGCCUGGGAUGCCCAAUUAAUCGAUCGCUAUUAACUGGCCUUCGAUGAACAGGUACUUGAUGGAUGGCGCGACGAAUUAGCGGGAGAUUAAUGAAAUGCCUUGGAUCUCGUGAAUAUCCGAACGAUUCGAGUGUGAUCGGGCCGUGGAGACUGAAUGAGACGUGUCGAAUGGAGUAACGCCGAGAUUUCUCGCAGAUCAUCGUCGUCGUGGAUCAUCGAUGUAGCGCGAUGUCGACCUGGUGGUCUGUCGUGGCGGCGGCGCUGUGCCUCUUGAUGGGCGCUGGGAGUCAAUUCAGUGACAAUACACCGCCUGUAAUGUGGUUGGAUCGGAACUGGGUGCUUCCGGACACCGAGCCCGUAGGAAGUAUCGUGACCAGGGUUCGUGCCGAGGAUAACGAGCAGGAUACAUUGACUUAUGGUCUGGAACCACUUCAACACAAUUACAACGGGGACAACAGCCCACAACCGCCGUUGCCCUUCUUCAUCAACAACAGUACAGGCACCGUCUUCCUCAACGAGACUCUCAAAGGAAGAGGAGGGCAGAACCUGUUCCUCUACGUGACCGUUUCUGACGGUCAGCUUACGGCGAAGACCGAAGUCUACGUUAACAUCAAGAACACAUCGGCACCAAAUCAAGGAAAGACAAGGACACCAUUUCCGAAUCAACAUGGUUCCGGUGGUCGGAUACGACCGCCUCUGCUCGGUCUGUCGAACUUGCCGAACUUCCCCUCACCUUUACCCCCCUUGCCGCCUAAGCAGUAUCAUCCCGAAACCACGAAACUUGAACUGGAGAGGACGAAGGUCAAGGAGACUGACAGCGGUAGCGGCACUGUCAAUUCCGUCACGGAGGAAAAUGUGCAAGUAAACGAGGUCGAAAGUCCUGCAUUGAGUUCAAAGGUUGCGCCCUCCGCUGCACAACCCUCACAAGACAUGGCGAUGACUGUGGUACCGGUGGCGGCCGGAUGCGCCCUCAUCGUAGGCCUUGGCAUGGGCAUCUGGUCCUUGAGAAACAAAUUCUGCGGCAGUCGCAAAUCCAAAGCGGACACGAAAGAACAAGCAUCAGUUAGUGUCUCUAAUCUAUCUGAUGAUCCGUCUCUCGUUCUGAAGAGAUGGCGAGGUCCAAAGGCUCACAGUAAUCGUUACCAGCCGUGGGAGAAGGAAUCUCAAGCAGGCAUUCAGAAUAAGCAGGAGGAUAAGUGGGAGUUUCCCAGGCAUAGAUUGAAGGUCUUCAACAUCCUUGGCGAGGGCUGCUUCGGCCAAGUGUGGAAAUGCGAGGCUCUGGACAUCGAUGGUAAAUCCGGUGCCACGAUCGUAGCGGUGAAGACUCUGAAGGAAAACGCGACCGAGCGCGAACGACUGGAUCUCGCGCAGGAAUUGCGCGUCAUGAAGAACCUGGAGCCUCAUCCUAACGUAGUGCGGCUUGUGGGCUGCUGCACCGAGCGCGAGCCAAUGUUUGUCAUUUUGGAAUACGUGAGCGGUGGGAAACUGCAGAGCUUCCUGAGGGCCUCCAGGGAGGAGAGGAAUCACGGAGGUGUGGGACUAACUUCCAGGGAUCUCACUGGAUUCGUGUAUCAGAUUGCGAAAGGUAUGGAGUACUUGGCGUCCAAGGGGAUCAUUCACAGGGACCUAGCGGCCAGGAAUAUCCUAAUCGAUGAGAAUCGCGCCUGCAAAGUGGCGGACUUCGGAUUCGCAAGGGACGUUGCGGCCAAUCAGAUUUAUGAAAGGAAGUCGGAAGGUAGAUUACCGAUCAGAUGGAUGGCACCUGAGAGUCUCUACGACAAUAUAUUCUCCGUCAAGUCAGACAUCUGGAGCUUCGGUGUGCUGAUUUGGGAGAUCGUAACAUUAGGCUCGACCCCGUACCCCGGCCUCGCCGCCGCGGAGGUCAUGCGGAGAAUCAAGGAGGGUUACAGACUGGACAGGCCUGAACACUGUAAGAGAGAGCUCUAUAACAUUAUGUAUUAUUGCUGGGAUAAGGACCCGGCGUGCAGACCGUCUUUCGCCGAGCUCGUCAAUCUGACCGAAGGCCUUCUGCUCGACGAGACGGACUACAUUGAGCUGGACAGGUUUCCGGAUCACUCGUAUUACAACUGGUACGAUAUCCUGGAGGAGUUGUUACAGUGCCCUGUAUGCUUGGAGGCGACACAAACCAUGAAGUAUCAGUGCACCAAUGGCCAUCACUUGUGCAGAGCAUGCAGGAUGCAGUUACAGAUAUGUCCCAUAUGCAAAUCCAAUUUUAUCCAAACGAGAAACCUGGCGGUGGAACAAAUCUCGGACAAGUUACAUGAUAUAAAAAUAUCACUGCUGCAUCCAUACCACCAGCUUAACAGGAGGGUUCUACAGAAUAAGGUCUGCGUGGCAACUCAAACCGAGAACACGGUUUGCACGGCCUCCACGUCCUCGGCGUGUCAGACCGAACCCAUGGCUCAAAUAAAGACCGCCAUGAAAAAUGAGGAGCAGAAGUCAGCGUUUAUAUUGGCUCCUAGAGUCGGCAGAGGACUGUAUCCGUGCCGCAUCGGAGCCUGUACAGCGGAACUACCGCACGGCAGGAUGAUCGGCCACUUGAGAUAUUAUCACAUGAACAUGUUUCACGAGUUCACUGCGCAAGACACCACAUUCAAGAAAAAGUGGAUGCUGGAAUACCUCUGCGAUUGCAAGUACGACUUUGCCUUCCAAAUCAAAGGGAUGGGCCUGUUUUUUCUAAAUGUGAUCGUAACCCCCACGGGUGGUCUGAUGGCCCACAUGCAGAUUGUUAAUUGUAUCGCUGUGAGCAAGCAGUUCACGUACACGUUGGAGGUCGUCGGAGCACUUAAUGCAAGCUACACCGGCGUGGUGAAAUCGUGUAGAGUAUUAUCGAAAGAAUAUUCGAAUGGCAACUGUUUGCGCGUGCCCGAGAGGAAUAUGCGUCACACAGUUGACGGCAAAAACCUCUUCCACUGCAAUAUUACGGUGAAGCGUAAGCUUGAUCAAGGAGCGAGCAACGGGCCUCAGGAUAAUCCAGUGAACGUCGACGCUCCUGAAGCUGCAUUCGAUUAGAGAUUAUUGAAGAAAUGAUACUCAGCGCUGCGUUGCCAUACGUGCCAAAGAAAGCUGAGUAAUUGUAUAUGGACUGAAGACCACGGGUUUUCUAACAGAGAGUGAUAAAAUUGUGUGCCCUCUUGACCGUUUUUAAUGUAAUCUUACAUAACUCGAUUCAUUAAUUAGUUAGUUAUAUAACAGAAAAUCAAAUUGUUUUUUAUUUGUUCAUUGUGUCAAUGAAUUAUGCAUCCAUUUUAUGACUCUCGAGACAAUUUAAAGAAUACGUUGAUGUAAGAUAGAGCUUGGAAGUUCCUAUUUUUUUUAUGAUUAACUCACUAAUCCGUGUGAUUGUUAACGAUCGAGCAUUGAGUAUAAUCAAUGCGAUAUAUAUAUAUAUAUAUAUAUUACAUUUGAGAAGAAACUCGUCGUAAGAAUGAACUUCCUAACUCAAGAGAUGUAUCGUAUCUUUAGAAAUUAGUAAUUUAUACAUAGAGAUUUUCCAUAUUAUUUUCCAGCAACGUUCAUCGGUAUUUAAAAUUAUUAAGCUAUAUCGCCUGCAAUAACGAGUCGCCGUGGUAUUUCAAAUGAUCGAAAUACAUUUUUCUCAACUUGCACCGUGCAAGUUACUCGAGCAGAACACCGAUGAAUCGUUGAGUCACAUUACAGGGUAACUCUUCUACGGAACGCAUGAUAAACAUAAGUCGGAGAAGUACUUAAGGGAAAGAAGCAUCGAUUUUAUUGAUAGAUGCAAACGCAAUCGAAUGCAGGUGUGAGGAUUUUUUAACAGUUUUAUUACAAUUACGACUUGGACAGUUCUACAUUAAAAAAUAGAUGGGAAGGAGGAAAAAGAUAACUGCUUCCUAUACUUUUGCACGGAGUACUUUCUAUGUAUUCUCUCAGUAAAAUAUAUUAGACGUCACGAGAUCCAGAAGCGAAAAUUUCAAGCACUUUGUUGUGGAUGAAACGGAGGACCGCUUCGUGAUUGUGUAAUAAUCGCGACACGUGUGAUAUAACGUGUAAUAAUAUUACAGAAAGAAAACUUGUUAAUAUAUUUUUGCGACAAAUAUUACGUCAAAUAAAAAAAA